ACCUUGAAUCAUCCAUUUUGCACACCAGACAGCCAUUCAAUCGCGACAACAGAACGUCACAGUGAGUGCUCGCACAGAGCCAGACCUGAUAUCGUACUGCUUCACUGUUAUAACCACACUUUCCUACUACUUCUACUACUACUACUCAGUACUGUUCACAACCAUACCGCAAACAUGGCGGGCAACAUGUCCUUCACGGACCGUGCGACCCAAGCAUUGGCAGAAGCACAAGACUUAGCCACGCAAUAUCAACAUUCACAGCUUAUGCCGGUGCAUCUGGCAGUCGCACUGAUCGACCCCCAGCCAGACCAGUCAAAGGACCAACAGACCAAUAACUCACAUGCCUCACAUGCUGCAAGCUCAGCGCCGCUCUUCAAGCAGGUCAUUGAGCGAGCACACGGGGACCCUCAACUAGCGGAGCGUGCUUUGAAAAAGUCCCUCGUACGCGUGCCAUCACAGGACCCUCCCCCAGAGAACAUCAGUGUGGCACCAUCAUUCUCGAAAGUCCUCCGAAACGCAAACGAUCUAUCGAAGACGCAAAAAGACUCAUAUAUUGCAGUCGACCAUCUGAUACAAUGCCUCGUACAAGACACCAACAUCCAGAAAUGUCUAGCCGAAGCCAACAUACCAAACUCGAAGCUGAUUGAUCAAGCUAUUCAACAAAUCAGAGGUACGAAAAGAGUCGAUAGUAAGACGGCGGAUACCGAGCAAGAGAAUGAGAACCUCAAGAAAUUCACCAUCGACAUGACGGCAAUGGCACGGGAUGGAAAGAUCGAUCCUGUCAUUGGCCGUGAAGAGGAAAUCAGGCGAGUGGUCAGAAUUUUGUCAAGGCGGACGAAGAACAACCCUGUCCUCAUCGGUGAGCCUGGUGUCGGCAAGACAACUGUGGUUGAGGGUCUGGCACGCCGGAUUGUGGACGCAGAUGUGCCGCAAUCACUUGCGGCUUGCAAGCUACUGUCCCUUGAUGUCGGCGCACUCGUCGCUGGGUCUAAGUACCGAGGCGAGUUUGAAGAGCGCAUGAAGGGUGUCCUGAAAGAAAUUGAAGACAGCAAAGAGAUGAUUGUGCUCUUCGUGGAUGAGAUCCAUUUGUUAAUGGGUGCCGGAAGCUCAGGCGAGGGGGGCAUGGACGCAGCCAACUUGCUGAAGCCCAUGCUUGCCCGUGGUCAAUUGCACUGCAUAGGUGCAACCACGCUUGCUGAAUAUCGCAAAUAUAUCGAAAAAGACCAAGCAUUCGAGCGACGUUUCCAGCAGGUUAUGGUCAAAGAGCCUUCCGUCUCGGAGACUGUGUCCAUCCUUCGUGGCCUCAAGGAGAAGUACGAGGUGCAUCAUGGUGUCACGAUCCAGGACGGCGCCAUCAUUGCUGCCGCCACACUCGCCGCACGCUAUCUCACCCAGCGCAGACUGCCGGACUCGGCUGUCGAUCUGGUCGACGAGGCUGCAGCUGCCGUUCGUGUGGAGCGAGAGUCACAGCCAGAAGUCCUUGACAACAUGGAGCGUAGGUUGCGACAACUCGAAAUCGAGAUUCAUGCUCUCGAUCGCGAAAAGGACGAGGCAUCCCAAUCGCGCUUGGGAGAGGCUCGAGCUGAGAAAGCCAAUAUUGAAGAAGAGCUCAAGCCACUUCGUGAAAUGUACGACCGCGAGAAGACCCGAUCGAAGGAGAUUCAAGAGCAGAAGAUCAAGCUUGACUCGCUUCGGAACAAACUGGAAGAAGCGGAGCGCACACGAGAUCUUGCAAGCGCAUCUGACAUCAAGUUUUAUGCCAUUCCAGAUACCGAGAAGCGCAUUCGCGAGCUCGAAAUCCAGAAAAAGCACGCAGAGGAGCAAGAAGCUGCACGUCGUGGUGCUGCCGGCGACACGAAUGCUCUUGUCGCGGACGCAGUUGGACCUGACCAAAUCAACGAGAUUGUUGCGCGCUGGACCGGAAUUCCAGUCACCAGGCUACGAACUACUGAAAAGGAGAAGCUUCUACACAUGGAAAAAGUUCUUGGAGAGCAGGUCGUUGGUCAGAAGGAGGCCGUCACAUCUGUCGCCAACGCGAUUCGACUUCAACGAUCUGGGCUCGCCAAUCCUGGCCAACCUCCGUCAUUCCUGUUCUGUGGUCCUUCUGGAACUGGUAAGACGCUGCUCACUAAGGCGCUUGCCGAGUUUCUCUUCGACGAUCCCAAGUCGCUAAUCCGCUUCGACAUGUCCGAGUACCAGGAGCGACACUCGCUAUCACGCAUGAUUGGUGCUCCUCCAGGAUACGUCGGCCACGACGCGGGAGGUCAGCUCACCGAAGCUCUCCGUCGCAGACCAUUCAGCAUCCUGCUCUUCGACGAGGUUGAGAAGGCAGCAAAGGAAGUUCUUACCGUCUUGCUCCAACUCAUGGACGAUGGUCGCAUCACUGACGGCCAAGGUCGCAUUAUUGACGCGAAGAACUGCAUUGUCGUCAUGACAUCGAACUUGGGCGCUGAGUACCUGGCACGACCCAACGCAGCUGACGGCAAGAUUGACCCCACCACCAAGGAACUCGUCAUGACUGCACUGCGAAACUACUUCCUGCCAGAGUUUCUCAACCGCAUUUCCAGCAUCGUUAUUUUCAACCGUCUCACUAAGAGAGAGAUUCGCAAGAUUGUCGAUGUGCGGCUGCAAGAAAUUCAAAAGCGCUUGCAAGGCAAUGGUCGCAACGUCCGCAUCGAUCUCUCCGACGAGGUCAAAGACUACCUGGGUGCCGCUGGGUACUCACCUGCGUAUGGCGCUCGGCCACUGGCACGGCUGAUUGAGAAGGAAGUUCUCAAUCGCAUGGCGGUGCUCAUAUUGAGGGGAUCCAUCAGGGAUGGCGAGACUGCUCGAGUGGAGCUCGAAGAUGGUCAUAUCGUGGUGAUUCCCAACCAUGGAGAAAGCGACAUGUCUGAGGAUGAAGAGAUGUGGGAUGACGAGGAAGAUGCCGUGCAAGAAUUGACGAAUGGCGCCGACGGCGACAUUGACUUGUACGAUGAUUAAAUGCAUUAAUGGGAUAGAAAAAGUCACCAUCAUCGAAGAAGAAGAAGCAUAUAGAGAUGAGGCGAAAAGCGUUCAAGCGAAUGAAUUGAUGAUGAGGAAUGAUUCAUGGUAAUAAUGGCAUUACACCUAGGUAGUCCUAGUGAAAUCAGAAACAUUGUAAUACACGACUGAUA